UGAGAACUUUUGCCUGUCGCCUGGUCUUUGGGACAGCCUCUCACUCAACAUCUCUAUAGCCCUCACCAACUGGGAAACUAACUCAACUGCAACCUCUCCAACCAAAUAACGCUCAACGUUAGAUUACUGCCAAUUGACAUGGAAACCCAGAAAAGACACGAACACCACUCAGUUUGCCACACCUGCCGGAGAACGGAAAACACAAGAAUGAAGGUCAAGAUGAUGUCUUCGUCAAAUCGAGUGCUGGUCAUUGCGCUGGCACUUACUCUGUACAUCGUUGAAGUGGCCUCGGCAGAAACGCUAUGUGGAGGAGAACUGGUGGACGCGCUGCAGUUCGUCUGUGAAGAUAGAGGAUUCUAUUUCAGUAGGCCAACCAGCAGGUCUAACAGCAGACGCUCCCAGAACCGUGGUAUCGUGGAGGAGUGUUGUUUCCGUAGCUGUGACCUCAACCUGUUGGAGCAGUACUGUGCCAAACCUGCCAAGUCAGAGAGGGACGUGUCGGCCACCUCUCUACAGAUCAUUCCCAUGGUGCCCACAAUCAAACAGGAUGUCCCAAGAAAACAUGCGACUGUGAAGUAUUCCAAAUAUGAGGCGUGGCAGAGGAAGGCUGCUCAGCGGCUCCGGAGGGGCGUCCCGGCCAUCCUCAGGGCCCGGAAGUUCCGGAGGCAGGCGGUGAAGAUCAAGGCCCAAGAGCAGGCGAUGUUCCACCGGCCUCUGAUCACCCUGCCCAGCAAGCUUCCCCCAGUCCUGCCCCCCACGGACAACUACGUCAGCCACAAUUGAGCCUCCUCACCAGCACCCCAACUCCCCAUCGAAAGCCCUUUGCACAGACAACGAGUUUGGAGGGAGAUGAAGAAGAAAAAAAGACUAGGGGAUUAUAGCUUUGUCUCUGACGUCAUUUCUGUGGCAAGUCCUCGUUUGACCUUUCCCCCACCCAGCCCACCCCCAAAUCCCAUCCGAGCCCACCAACUAACCAACCAACCAACCCCCCACCCACCCCCUGCCCAUCUACUACUUUUUGACCCCAAACCUACCCUAGACCCCCUCACCCAGACACUCAAACAUACGUUCACAUUCUUCCUGUCCUGACUCUCACUCUUGCGCUCUCUCUUUCAUUCACCAACACAAAAGACACCAACACAAUCAAUGAACAAAAAGUGAACUAUUUGGCUGAAUGCAAUUUAGGUGGAUCCUUAAAUAAAAAAAAAAGAAAGAAAGGAAGAAAAGGAAGAUGAAAGAGCUCUAUGGCUUGCAA